AAAUGCCUGUUCCUGCCAUUCUUCGAAAACCAUUACCCUUGGAACGCAUCGCUCAGCAAUACUGGGAUCUGACGGCCAUACCACGUGCUCGUGCCUUUGCUGUUUUGGCUCGGACGUGUCCGAAUGAUCUGGAGUGCGAAAAACUGAGGGAAUUUUCCAGCUAUGAAGGCCAGGAAGAGCUCUUCUCAUACGCCAACCGACCGAGACGAACCAUUUUGGAAGUGCUGCAAGACUUCCCGCAUGCCACUGGUGCAUUAACUAUGGCUGCACUCUUCGAACUCUUUCAACCCAUCAAGCCAAGAGCCUUUUCCAUUGCAUCUUCGGCAGCGAGCGGGAAACUGCAGAUUUUGGUAGCUGUUAUCGAGUAUCGAACGAAGUUAAAGGAACCAAGAAAAGGCUUGUGCUCGAACUGGUUGAAGCGUUUGCAACCCGGACACACGUUGAGAGUAUGGACUAGGAAAGGUACUUUCCAACUUCCUACUGACCCAGCAACCCCUAUAGUGAUGGUAGGUCCGGGAACUGGCUUAGCUCCAUUCCGAGCAAUCCUGCAAGAAAGGGAGUUGGUUGCCGAUCGCCGAAAAGGCGGUCUUUUGGUUUUGUUCUUUGGUUGCCGCAAAUCUACCGCCGAUUUUCAUUGUGAAGAAGACCUACGACGGAUGGAAAGUUCAGGACUUUUAACGUUGUUCUGUGCGUUUUCUCGAGACCAAGAGGACAAGGUUUACGUUCAACAUUUGAUUCGGAAGCAGGGCGAUUUGCUGAAAAAAGCUCUAAUGGAACAGAACGGAAUGUUCCUGCUGUCGGGGAGCUCCAAGAAUAUGCCCGAGGCUGUGAGGGAAGCUCUAGGAGAAGCGAUAGGGAGUUCUCUAUAUGUGGAAGAUAUGAUGAAAACUGAACGAUAUCAGGAAGAAACUUGGGCUUAGCACAAGUUACGUUUAUGUUGCAUCGCGUUAGUUCCUUAUGAUGAAAUACAAACUACUACUCAGUAAA